AGACUCACCACACACUCUCCAGUCCUCUCCACUCCCAUUGAGCCCCUCAAUAUUUAUUUCUCUGUCCAAUUUAUGCCGCUUCACCCUUUCUUUUUCCCUCAUCCAUUCCCAUCCCCUCCACUCUCCUUUCCUCUCCAUCUCAGUGGUGUUUUUGGGUCCUCCGAGCCAUACUAUAAAGAGCAGAAGAAGAACUCUACUUGCCUGCCGUUCCGUCCCGACGUUGAGAUUCGGCGAAAAAUAUGGGGAGAUCGCCUUGCUGCGAUAAAGUAGGGCUCAAGAAAGGGCCGUGGACCCCCGAAGAAGACCAGAAGCUCUUAGCCUACAUCGAAGAGCACGGCCAUGGAAGUUGGCGUGCCCUCCCUGCCAAAGCCGGCCUUCAGCGGUGCGGGAAGAGUUGCCGGCUGAGGUGGACUAACUACCUGAGGCCUGACAUCAAGCGAGGGAAGUUCAGCUUGCAGGAAGAGCAAACCAUCAUUCAACUCCACGCCCUUCUCGGUAACAGGUGGUCGGCUAUUGCUACCCACCUGCCUAAAAGAACGGACAACGAAAUCAAAAACUACUGGAACACUCACCUGAAGAAGCGGUUGGCGAAAAUGGGGAUUGAUCCGGUCACCCACAAGCCGAAAAAUGACGCCCUGCUAUCCAGCGAUGGCCAAUCCAAGAGCGCUGCGAAGCUGAGCCACAUGGCUCAAUGGGAGAGUGCCCGACUUGAGGCUGAGGCCCGACUAGUGAGGGAGUCAAAGCUCCGAUCUCACUCCUUCCACCAAGGUGGCAAUUCGUCGCCAUCGGGAUUUACCACUCCAGCCUCGGCAUUUGCUGUUUCUGGACAACUCUUGACUAAAACCCCCGGGGUUGGAGGUGACCACCUCGAGUCUCCAACAUCUACUCUCACAUUCUCGGAGAGUGCUCCCCCUAUAAUGGCUGGUUGCAAUAUGAGGGAGAAUUCUAAGCAGCAAAUGAUCGAGUUUGUCGGCACGUCUGAUCCAGAAGGCAGGAACAAUAUGAUCAAGGAAGAAGGUGAACAAGAUUGGACGAAGAACUCAAUGCCUAAUUUGGGAGAAUUCAAGGAGGGAAUCGGGAACACGCUGUCCUUCACAUCCACAAACUUCCACGACAUUUCAAUGUCCAUGUCCCUCGAAGCUCCAUGGACUGGGCAUGAUUCUCCGAUUAGGGCAAGCACUAGCGGGCACGGUGGCAGUUUAGAGAAUGAGAUCGAAGCUGAAGGUUUCACUAAUCUUCUUUUCAACAGCUCCUGCGAGCAAAGCAUAUCGGAGGGCGGCGGAGGCAGCGGUGGGGACUCGGAGAAUGGCGGGGAGAGUGGCUGCAGUGGGAGUGGCAGCGGCAGCGGGAGCGACUACUACGAGGACAACAAGAAUUAUUGGAAUAGCAUCCUCAACUUGGUGAAUUCUUCCCCAUCUGGGUCCCCCUUGUUCUAAUUAGCUACGGCUCUACUUAAAUUCAAUUAUUUUCUAGGGUUUUGUCAAGAUGGUGAGUCAGCAGAAGGCCACGGUAAAGGUCGAGGGGGUUAACUUGUUGUCAUCUCGGUCGGUCCAUUUCCUCAAGUAUAUAUAGUAAGAACCAUCUAUUUGUUUCAAUUGUCAAUUAGAAUGAAACCAAUUGAAUUAUGUCCAUAGAAAAUCAAAUUGCGAACGCUCUCCUCAUAAAGGAUUUGUGCCCCGUGGAAGGCGUGAAAUAAUUCCUCCGCACUGAUGAUUUAAGGUCCGCAAUGAUAGAUAUAUGAGGGAGUUGCUCCAGACCGAACUCAAUCGUUAUUUCUCCUCAUAAAGGAUUGUUUAAUUGCCAAAAAACACGAGGCAAAAUUCUUGAAAUUAGAAGUUGUCGUGAAGUUGAAAUUUCAUUUUCUUUUGGAAUUUUUUGGAUAUUGUGUAUUUAUUAUGUAUAAAUAUUCUCUUUUAGAUCUAGUUUCUGAGUGGCUGAGUCCAAUUUAUGAGAACUUCUCUUGAAUAGGGUGUAACUCCAUUGCCUCCCUAAUAUAUAAUAUUUGCUUCUCGAAA